CAAUCAGAUUUCAGAGGCGGAAAUGUCUAACUUGUGAGUCGUCUUGUUGUAGUAAUCCUGUCUGUUUUCUAGUCUGAAUUAAUUAUAUCUUUUCCGAUAUUAUGGUUAUUUAACCUCUUGGUAACUUUUGUCUUCAAUCCCGGGCGGUGACGUUACGGCCUGACGUGGCAUUUUAACGUAUAAACACCGCGCUUACAGCUGCUAGCUAAUUAGCUAGCCAUGCUAGCUCGUUGUGAAAAUCAACAACAUUCCUGUAGGGAUUGUUUAGCCACUUAGAGAAAAGAUUAAAAAACAAAGACGGACGGCUUUAAAGGAGAGUGUAACUAAAUAACAGAGACAGCAGGCGUGGUAGCAAAGUACAGGAUGUCAAUUCAGUACGAGGAGCCUGUGUUACCGGGGAGUUACGAUGUUGUGGGGUCAUUUCCUAAAAGUUUCGGCUACGGGGUGGAGGAGGCAGACAUGGAGGAGAGCUCCACUUCAGCUGACAAACCGAGGAUACUGCUGAUGGGACUGAGGCGGAGUGGCAAGUCUUCUAUUCAGAAGGUUGUUUUCCACAAGAUGUCGCCCAAUGAAACGCUGUUUCUCGAGAGCACCAACAAAAUCUACAAGGACGACAUCUCCGCCACCUCCUUUGUCAACUUCCAGAUCUGGGACUUUCCUGGCCAGGUGGACUUCUUCGAUCCCUCGUUUGACAGCGAGAUGAUCUUCAACGGGGCCGGCGCUUUGAUCUUUGUCAUCGAUGCUCAGGACGACUACGUCGAGGCCCUCGGGCGGUUACACCUCACCGUAUCCAGAGCCUACAAAGUGAAUCCAGACAUCAACUUUGAGGUGUUCAUCCACAAAGUCGACGGUCUGUCAGACGACCACAAAAUAGAGACACAAAGGGACAUUCAUCAGAGGGCCAACGACGAUCUGGCAGACGCCAGCCUGGAGAAGCUUCACCUCAGCUUCUACCUGACCAGCAUCUACGACCACUCCAUAUUCGAGGCCUUCAGUAAAGUCGUCCAGAAGCUCCUUCCUCAGUUACCAACGUUGGAGAACCUUUUGAACAUUUUCAUAUCGCACUCUGGGAUCGAGAAAGCCUUCCUGUUUGACGUCGUUAGCAAGAUUUACAUCGCCACAGACAGCUCUCCUGUGGACAUGCAGUCCUACGAACUCUGCUGUGAUAUGAUAGACGUUGUCAUCGAUGUCUCCUGCAUUUACGGGCUGAUGGAGGACGGCAGUGCCUAUGACAAGGAGUCUAUGGCUAUCAUCAAGCUCAACAACACCACAGUGCUUUAUUUGAAAGAGGUCACAAAGUUCCUCGCACUCGUCUGCAUCCUCAGAGAGGAGAGCUUUGAGAGGAAAGGUUUGAUAGAGUACAACUUCCAUUGUUUCCGAAAAGCCAUCCACGAAGUGUUUGAAGUUGGCUCCCCACCACAAGACGUCCGCUCCUCCAGAAACCACCGGAUGGGCCUAAAGUACGCCGGGAUGAAUGGCAGUGCUGUUUAAAGGGCAGGAGGUGUGUGUGUGUGUGUGUGUGUGUGUGUGUGUGUGUGUGUGUGUGUGCGCAUGCAUGCGUGCGUGCGUGUGUCUGUGUGUUUACCUUAAGAGCAGCGAGGCUGCGCGACGUGGAGAGAUCACACGAGAGCACACAUGCCUCCUGUCAAACACGCGUUACCUUACUGUGUGCAGCUGAAUGUGAAUCAGUUAGAACUGAUGAACUGAGCUUACGCCAAAAAACAAACAAAAUCGUGCUUCUUUCUUUUUGCACAUUUAUCGGUAUUGAAAUGUCAGCUGUGUUUACCUUCUUGGCCAGUUACUUGUGUGUACUCUGCAACAUUUAAAUAUACGCCUAUCUGAUCCAAUAUAAGCACUUAUAGUCAAUAUGAACAAAGAGCUCUGUUGACUGAAGCUAAAAACUGAAUUUCCACAAACUAAAAUGAACAGAAUGAACUUUCUUUCAUGGUCCUGCUCAUUUAACCUUGAACUGUUGCGUUGUGUAAGUGGAUCUAACAGCCAGUAUGAAAACGAAAGCACAGUGUUUGUUCUGCCGUGUUUUCUGUUGAUAAUGAAUCAUGUGACCAGCGGCCGGAGCUCUGCUCAGGAUCCCCGUCAGACCAGCACUGUGCCAGUUCCCCCAUUAGAGCCUUGGUUUAAUAACAGCAUGUUGGUCCUAAUGGAGUCUGGGAAUAACGGAUGAUGCUUUUCACUCGGACGAACCUGCCGCGUCUGAUGACGCUCGACUUUUUUUGUAGCUUGUGAUGAACGUUUUGACCAAAUUUACUCCACAGGGAUUCUGUUUGCAGCGGCUUGUUUUGCUUUUUUCAGAGAUUUGUAAUUAUUGUACAUAUUUCUUUAAUAAAAUGUUUCCUAUUU